CCCUCAAACGACGAAAAAGACUGGGUUGAAGACAGUCAACUGGAUGACGAGUGUAAAGCAAAAGUGAUUGGAUUGAAGAUCCUUGUUAAUAAUUUACUUUCACUAUCGGAAGAACAAGGUGUAGAAGAAUCGGCAAAACCGGUCUUUAAAAUAUUGUGGAAAUUAAUAAAAGAUGGCGGUGAAAUACAUCCGGAAAAGACCACGAGCCUUGCGUUUAAGAGUCGAUUGCGAUUAGCUGCUGCUCGUGCUAUAUUAAAACUGGCGCGUAGAAAGACUUAUGAUAAAAUGAUUACAGUUCCAGAUUUUCAAAAAUUGGCAAUGAUGAUCCAGGAUACUUGCUAUAAUGUUCGUUAUGGAUUUGCGUCCCGACUUAUUAAAUAUUGUGGUGCAUACCAACUUAGUGCGCGAUUCCUUUCAAUAUUCUUUUUAGUAGCUCAUGAGCCUACUCCGGCUAUACGAGACAUGGCAAGUUCUUUGGCUAAAGUUUUUUUGAUUAAACAUUCUGUUGCUGCAAGGGCUCAACGUGAUAAUACGACUUUAAUAUUCGAGAUGUCCCUAGUUCGACUUAUUCAUCUUAUAUCACACACAGAUUUCUCAUUGGAGUCAAAUCAACUUCUUAGAGCUACAAAAUACAUCGAGUUCUUUCUGGAAACAAUUGCAAACGCCGAAAAUAUUUCCUUUUUAUACUAUAUCACUGGUAGAAUAAAGCAAUUCCAGGACCUGCAUGGUCAAGAAAAUCCGGAAAAUUUACAUGCACCUAAAAAAUCCGAUAAUUUAUACAUUUUAAGUGAUUUGGCUCAGCAUGUGAUCCGCGAAAAAUGCAAAGCCGCCUCUUGGACACUACCUUCUUAUCCCGGUCAAGUGAAACUCCCUGCCGAUUUAUUUGCAAGUCUGCCUACUGCAGAAAAAAUGAAAGAAGUUAUGGAAAAGAAUUAUUUGCCCGUGGACUUUAUAAAGAUGUUAGAGAAAAAACAACCGACUGCACAUUCUAAACAAGAAAAAGCAACGAAAAAGCCACGAUCAACAAAUUCUACAAAAAAAUCUCAGUCUCCGAAAAAACGGAGAAAAAUCGAUAUAAAUAAGCCUGCAACACCUACAAGAAGAGCAAAUAAUCACGAUGCUAAACACGGGGAAAUUCUCCUAGCAUACCUUACACGGAAACAAAAACAGCAAGAUAAGAAAGCACCUGUUCAAUUUACUCUUGACUAUAUCAACAAAAAUCCAGGUGCUACUGCAAAAGACAUUGAAAAUGCGUACAAGAAGUUACAAGAAGGGCUAGACGAUCCUGAGCGGAUUCGCCUAAUUCAAUCAGAAUUUGGCUAUACGCCGAGACUAGGGGCACUGGGCGGCACAGUCAUGCAAGGCACUGAGCUCGGUGUUGGAUAUGAGGGAGUCAAUCUUAAAGAUGAGACUGUUUGUAGGAGGAUAGGGAUGAUAAGAAAAUUGCUCGAUUGUCUAUAUGAGAGGCACAUUAUGCUUAUCCGUUCUCCGCCAAUGGUGGGCAAAAUGGCUCUUGCUCAAUUAUUGGAGCAUUACCUUCAUAAUUCGAACGAAGGUCAUGACAAACGUGUUUUGCGCAUCUCUCUAUUAUGGAUGAGUGCUGGGAAGGGCAACGAGAGAUUUCUGUUUAAGGAUGAAUUUAAGAAGUCGGUGGGUGUAAGCUGGAACGACUUUAUUUCUGAGUGUAACCGCAUCCAAACGAUUCUUAUAGUUGAUGAAGUUCAGAAAAUUUAUAAACCAGGGGGUGAAAACACUGAACCAGCGAAUGGUGGGCAAUAUAAACUUCUUCGGAUUGUAGCAUUCGCAUCCUAUGGCUACCGCGGUGCUUAUGAUAGUGAUGGGUGUGGGCAAAUAGUGAAUGUCUCACCAUAUCAACUUGAAAAGAGAAACACGUGGGGAAUAGGGGAUAUGAAGUUUACGCAAGAAGAGUUUUAUGAAUACUUUCAGAAAUUCUCUGAAUACCAUCAUUUCUCAUUGUCGCACAGUUGCUCUCCAAUUACGUGUACAAAGCAACAGCCUGUCACCCAGGCAUAA